AUGGAUUACGUGCUUCAACUGCUUGGGGCAUGCACCUCCGUGGACAAGGCGGAUCGAGAGAACGAUGCCUCGGACAUGCAACUCAGCGCGUUUGAGUUUCGGCAGUAUCAGACCAGCUUGGAAUCCUCACAGCAGCGUUUGGUGGAGAGAGUGGUGAACCAGUGGGUGGCCAUGUUAGUGAAGGGAAUGAUCAUGCGGGUGAAUGGAUUUGAGGAAAAGACCUUCCUGGAUCGUGACCUGCUGAAUUUGGAGCUGAAUGGAGAGGUGUACCCUUUAGAUGCCUUGUGCCGUAUGGAGAUGUACAAAGAAUCCGAUGACAAUAUCGUGAACAUCCCCUGGGUGGUGGAGCUGACCUUUGACUUCGAAGAGGGCGAAACGAUCCUGGCCUUUGCCUUUGAUCGGGAGCGCCAUCGACUCCAAUUUGCGUUGACCCUGCGUGUGUUGCGCACGCGGAAUCCCAGCUUGAAUCUGGCUGGAGAGUUUGAAGUCAUCACUCGCGACGAGGAGGGGGACGAGAAUGGCCCGUCCUUGCGGAAGCUGGUGUCCUCCAACCGCUACGACGUGCAGGGGAUGGGCAUUACCGUCGUGAUCAGCAUUGGCACUCUGAAGGUAAUGCACCAACUGCGCAGCAACAAUCGGCACGUCUACUUGGAGUUCUUUUCGGACUACCCGCGCCGAGACAAAUUCUUGUAUGCGAGAUCCAGCUACAACAACCUGCCAGGCUCAGUGCUACUGACGGAUGAUUCCAAGAAGAACCCCAAGGACGAGGAAAAGACCGAGGAGGGAAGGAAGAAAGGUGAACAAGCCUUAUGCCGAAUCGACUUCGACUUGAAGAAUGUGAAGCUGAAGAUUCCAAAGGUCCCCUUUACCAUCCAUGGACGGCUCAUGGCCAAAGAUGACUUCUUUCCCACGGUGGUAGCCAGCUUUCAGCUGCAAGUCACUAAGGAGGAGGUCUUUGAUCGACGGAAUGAUCAGCCUGUGACCAAGAAUCCGGACUUCAUCGAAGUGCCAUUGGAGCGAGCCUGGCGGGGUGAGGGGCCCUCGGAGAUCGCCGCCUUGAGCGUUCGCUUCCUGGGUUAUGUGAAGGAUGAUAUGGUGAGGAAGAAGCAGUCAGGUCAACAGCGAAACGCUUCCUGCCGCAGUCAGGACAGUGGAAGUUCGGACAGCGAAGGGGCAGAAGAAGGUGAAGAGGAGGACGAAUCUGACGACGAGGAGGAGGAAGAGAAUGAUGACGAAGAUGAGGAAGGUAAUGCCAAUGCUUUGGGCAGCAGUGGGACCAUGAGAUCUUCUCAAACUUCCUCCGGCCAAUCGUGA